CUCCAAUUGUACCAUACGCGCCUUUACGCCAAAUUUCGAAAAAACCAUUUUCUAAAAACCAAACACAAUCACAGGAAGGAAGGAAGACGCACGCCCUCGAUCUAAAGCUUCCAUAACCAUUCUCCCUUUUUGCUCUACGGAUCUCUAUACGUACAACAAUGAACCAGCAUUGAGAAUCCGGAUCUCGAAUCGGACUUCCAAAGCUCCGGACCCGAACCCCGCCCUCUGCUCAUCACUCUUCAUCAGAUUUUGAUCAGCAAUGUCACGGAGGCCAAUCAAUCCAUCGCGCCGUGUAGCUGGUAGUGGAGCUGCUUCAUUGUCAGCCUCAGUUCGGUCGAAGCCGUGGUCUCCGCCGUAUCUGCCAAUUGGGCUCGUUGUGGGAAUAUUUCUUGUUAUAGGCUAUUUCUAUCGCGACUCAGGAGGAGGUGACAUUGGAGCUGUCAGCAGAGUUGAAGGCGACUUAUCUUGCAAUAUUGAUGUACAAAUGGCAAUUCCAUCUCUGCAAAAUACAUAUGGUGACAGUAUGCAUAGGGUGUUGCAUGUUGGCCCCGACACUUGCUCAGUAGUUUCCAAACUGUUAACAGAGGAGGACACUGAAGCGUGGGGUGUGGAACCCUAUGAUAUAGAAGAUGCUGAUCGUGACUGCAGGAAACUUGUGCACAAGGGAAUUGUACGCGUGGCCGAUAUUAAGUUUCCUUUUCCUUAUAGGGCAAAAUCAUUUUCUCUUGUGAUUGUCUCAGAUGCAUUAGACUACUUGUCACCCAGGUACCUCAACAGAACACUUCCUGAAUUAGCAAGGGUAUCAUCUGGUGGUGUUGUCGUGUUCACUGGUUAUCCACACAUUCAAAAACCCAAGAAUGCAGAUAAUCCAAAAUCAGCUGGACGGCAUGCUAAACGACGGAGCGAAACAUGGUGGAUUCGCUAUUUUAUUCAGACUAGUUUAGAGCAAAACGACGCUGCGAUUAAGAAGUUUGAAGAAGCUGCAUUUAAGAGAUCAUAUCAUCCAAGCUGCCAAGUUUUUCAUCUGAAGUCAUAUCGUUGAUGAUUUUGGGAUUAUUAAUUUUACGGUAGAUGGCAGCUUCUUGGUGCGAUUAAAGCGCCAUGUAAUUAUAUCAGCUUCAGCAGCAAAUCAAACAAAUUUUGGUGCAGCCAAGGGCAUGCUCUCUUGAAUGAAUUUCACUCCCUCUUAUAGUAAGUUAUAUAUAUCUAUAUAUAUCUUUAUUUCAUAUUCAAUGCAGGAGCUGCAUCAUAACUCUUUGCUCUCAUAUACUGUAUCAAAUAGACCUGCUUGUGAAUGUAGGUUGAUUUAGUUUAUCAUAUUAUUGUACCUUGAACUGGUUCUUAUUCAGAAAACAAUAAAUUAAAAAUCAUUCUUUUGUUCA